CCGCCUACAACCACCAGGUCAAAGUAUUUCCGUGUGACCUGAACACACUCCAAUUAUCUAGAUCUCAGAGACCAGAACCAUCUACAAUCACAAGCAUGCCUCCACCCGCUCUAGCUGCGCUGUCCACGCAGCUUCCGGGGACAAAGGAGGCCUACUCCCCUCUCCCAACGGUCCCUGAUCCGAUCAAUACCCCUCUUACAAAGACAAUCACCGACUCCUCCACCGGAUCCACCCCACCAGCCUCCCCGACGCCCGCCCCUAAAAGACCCAGAACCAGGACAGCAACGGUGACCUUGACGCCGCUGGAACUGGACUAUGAUCCCACGCUCAAUGCGAAGCCUUGCUCGCCCUUCUACCGACAUGCAAGCAUCAAGCAGUCAAUACGGAAUCUCGGCACACAGACCAAAGCGAGCCGCCCGUCCAGCUUUACCGACGCCGAGCAGGGCUUGGUGACCGGGGACAAUCGGGGGUCCCAGCUCUGGGCCCAGAAGAGGCGACACUGUGACUGUCUGCGCGGACUAUCGCGACGACAACGGUUGGCAACCAAGGUGGCCAUCGCGAUUGUGACGCUAGGGUGCAUGGUCGCGGUGGCGCUGGGCAUCUCAGUGGCCGUGGGAGGGGGCGUAUGGAAGUCGAAUCAUCAGCAUCAGGACAUUCCACGAGCGUGGGAUACCAUUUUCUAGACCUGAGAGGUCUGGUUGUACAGCCUUUAGACACGGGAGGGAGAGGGAUGUGUACAGUCGUUACUAUAGUACAAUAGGAAAGAUCAAAUCGAAG